UAUUUUAACAGAAUUUUUAUUGUUGCCUUCAAAACAGGCCAAUACAAGUCUAUCAACGUUUAAUCCCAUUUUCCAUACACUUGUUAUAAGCCUCGGCUGGAAUAGCCUUCAGUGCCAUAAUUAUAAAUUCACGUCUCGUCACCACUAAUGAUGCGUUUGAUGAAUGAUUAAAAGUGUCCACAGAUACGUUGUCAAACAUCUUUCACGUCAGAUCGUUUGGUUCGUGUCUAGCGUUGAUUCGAUCCGUAAGAAAUGUUGAACUCUUUUGCUAUCUUUUUACUUAUAUUUUGAUAUCAAUCCAUUAAUAUAUCGAAAUAUUUAUAUUUCAGAUAAUUGCAUGUCAUUUGUUUGCAAAACUAUGUGAUCAGCUGUUUUAACGUGAGCGUCUACUGGCCCCACGACUUGGAUAGCAAAAUUGAUAUAUUGGCGUUAAAGUUCUAAAAGUGAGAGUGAUUGAAAGCGAUUUCUUGAUCGUGUAACGUCCGGGUUACUCUAAUGUGGCAUUGAACAAAAAUUCGCCUAAAGACCUAGAUGAUAUUUUCUUGUUCCGAUGUAUAAAGAUCUUGGUCGGAUAGAAAUUCGGUUCGAUGAGUGCUAUGCCUUCAACGAUAUGAUGUUUUAUGGAUAUCUCUCACAGAAGGGAGGUGUAAUAAUAAGGGUACCAUUAGAUCUAUAAAGGUCGAUUUCAUAAAGGGUUUCUUGAAGUUUAAAACUAACCAUAAGACGAAAACUGAUUUACGUUUUAAAAGUUGGUAUCAAGUGGUCGAUCUUACGCUGGGAAUUGGAAUGAUCGAAAAGUAUGAGAGUACCCGUGGUGAAUAUAAGAAUGGCAUACACUUGAUUUCAUUUAUCAAAGAACCAAAUUUGUUUGCCGGUGUGUAAACCACGAGCCACGCUCCCCGAGCUAGUAUUGUGACACAAAUUACGAGUACAUAUAACAAUUCUGACCGGCCAUACAUUCGCACAGACAUAUACAUAUGUAUCUGUAUGAACAAAUCAACUCGUAUGCGGAUUGUGAACGCGUCCAUGUACGUGCUUAUUUUAUCAAUUAACGUAAAAAUCGUACAUAAUGCCUAUAUGUUACUAGGCGAUGGAGAAUUGUAAAAGCCGCUUCAAAGAAUUUAGAAUACUCGCGGUUUGAGUAUUAGAAUACUCGUGCCAGAGACGCGGCACGUCGAAUGCGAAUGCGAAAUAUUAAAUUAGAUUAACGUUUGAAACGUGCGUAUAAAUUGACCGUUAUCAGUGAAUUAAUUUUAAGAUCGAUUCAAUCGCCGAUAUGUGUACGAGUAGGGAAUUGAGCAGAGCCGACAUGGCAUUCACCAUUCUCCACUACUGUUCGGCUGUAUGCGAAAAAUACUUGCUGCUGUUACUACUGCUGUUGUUGGCGAAGAAUGACAAAGAAGCCAGAGCUGCAAAGAAAGCGACACGAGCUUUGUAAAAGACAAUGUACUCAUGCCUUAAAUUUGCUUUACCUGGCCUCAUUGGUGUCUCUUGGUAUCUUGUUGGCUGUUGGUGUCUGGGCAAAGUCUCUAUUUAGUGGCUCUCUCUUGACUUACAUACACCACACCAGUAAGGCUUGAAAGAAAUUCUUGCACCGGACAUUGUUGAUGCGCUUUCGGCCACUAUAUGUAGUUGUGUGCGCUUGUAUGUGUAUGCGCUUCAUGUUGAGCGAUCGCAUCGCUCUAAGCGUGCCAGCGUUGAGUGACUUGGUGUUGAACUUGGUCAGUGGCGGCAGGCUUUGCGCUUCCCAAUAUCACAGUUUGAUUGCAUAUUUUCGAUUUAGUUACGUUCAGCUUUCAAUAGUGGCGUGUACAGCGUGUUCGUUGCGGCGAAAACUAAAAUUCGGAAAGUGAAAUUUACAAGGAAACUAAUUCAGUUGAACUUUAAUACAUCAUUUAGCGAGUAGUUAUUUAACGAUUUUCGAAAUUGUGCAUAUAUUUUUGAACAAGAGAAAUAUAUAGAAAAGACAGACCAAAUAUUAAGGAAAAUGGUUAAGGAGGACUUGAGGCCUCAUGACCAACUUUUUGAAAAAUCAGUUUCGAGGAAAAUGCGUUUAAAGAAUACCUCCUAAUGAAAGAUCAGAAAGUAUAACAUCUAGACAAACCUCCAUUAAAAAUGUCUCAAAACGUUUUUUGGCUUUUAUUCUGAGUAAUUUUUGUCCAACGUCACUUCUGCAGUAAUGUUUAUAGAAAGGAAAAAGUGUGCACAAUGUAAGUGGCAAACAGACGCAGCACCUCAUUUAGCUUACUUAUCCAAAACAUAACUGAAUCGUUCUCAAUCUUCAAUUCAGUAUGCGUUACCAAGAUAUUGUGAUCGGCAUUGUUGUCGCUUCCUUAAUGUACUUCAUUUGCGUAGAUGCCAAAACAGUGUUUCGACGUGCAGACAAAAUUUCCUCUCCCUUUCAACGUCUGAAUUUGCCACCUGAAGAAAUCGAUCCAAAUGUAGCGCCACUCGAACCACAACACAUCGAGUCACUUAAUUCGGAUGACUUUUCAGGGCCAGGCACCGAUGAAUCAACCCAAUUCGCCGAUGAAGUUGUCGACCAGGCUGAUGAAGCAACAGUAGCAGCUGCAGCUGCUGCGAAUGAAGUUGAAAAUGAAGCGACAAAUGAGAUAGUCGAUGUGGUAACCAUUGCACCUGCAGUGGCUACACCGGCAGUAGCAGCAGCGGCCGCACCAGCCGCCGCAUCCAGUAGUUCCGCUUCCAGUGCAGCAGUAACCGAAGCAACCACUGUACAGAACCAGGAUGAUCCCAGUCCAAUCAGCAAAUACUGUAAAUGUACCGACGAUCAUUGUGAUUGUUGCAGGCAAUUCAAUUUGCCAUUGAUACCAGUGCGUGGACCGGGUUGUGCCAAAAUCACCUAUCUAGGCAAUGAGCGUAUGUCGGUGUCGAUCAAAUAUGGCGAUAUUACAUUGGCGACUCGUACAAUUUCAGGUAAGCGCGCUAAACCCAUUUGCGUAGGCUUACCUGGUGGCUACUCUAAAUUCUGUGGACGUGUUUAUGGUCUAUCCAGAGCCAAAAAUGACUUCAAGGCUUGCUUAGGAUUCGAAUUGCGCGCGGAAGAUGAAGUAGAGGCAGCUUUGCGUGUGUCUUGCUUUAAAUUUGGUCCCGAAGGCUUGAGAGUUGCUGAAGCUGAACCCUUGCCCGUCGAGGUGAACAAGGAAGAAGAUGAUGAUGACAUUUUUGGCUUUGGAGCUGGUGGCGAUGAUGAUGACGAUGAUGACUACGAUGAUGAAGCUGAAGAGGCUGACGAAGAAGAUGACGAAACCGAUGAAGAUGAUGAUGCCGAAGAGAACGAUGAUGAUGACACUGAGGCGCCAGCCGAUGCAGAUUAUGGCGGUUUUAGCUUAGCCGGUUUACUUGAUGAACUGGACGAUGAUGAUGAAGAGAAGCCUGCCGCGGCUGCAACACCAGCUGUAGCUAUUGCACCCGCCACCCGAAUCGCUGAGCGUAAAGAUGAUGCGCAAGGUAAAGAGGACAAUGGUGCCGUAGCAGCGGAAGGUCAUGUCGAAUCUGUUGCUGAAGAUGCCGAUGUGACGCCCGCACCUGCGGUUGUAGAUGUUACCACUGUGAAAUCGAAGAAGAAGUCGAAAAAGGAACGAAAACAAAAGAAGAAGAAGGCCGCAUCGACGGGAGAAAAUGAUUUCGCCAUCGAAAUUUUGAAUGGUAUACUGGAUUUUUUCAACUGAGCCUGCAAACCGGACUUGCAGGCAUGUAUGGAAAUAGUGUAAAUACGAUUUAUUGAAGCGAACUUAUCAUCACGGUCGCUAUAAUUUAAAACAAAUUUAGGCUAGGUGAAAAGUAAUUAUUUAUUUAAUUUAUUUUGUAUGUUAAAGACAUAACUAUGUAUUUAGUAAGUAAUAUGAGGUAUAUACGUAAGCUAAAAUUUUAAAUUUAAUCGAACAAAUAAAACAAAAUCAAAUUUUAAUUGAAA